AUGAGUUCUGCAGAUCAUUCGGCAGUUUCAACUCCAGUUCAGCCUGAUACUGUGCAACCUACUUACAGUAAUAAUUCAGGCGCCUCGACACCCGUUCUCAAUGAGCCAUUGGACAAGUUAAAGGAGUCGCAAGUGAGUCCUGGUGACUGGGAAGAGAAGGAUGCGAGUUUGCCAGUCAGACCUUUCUCUGAUUAUAUUACUGUCUGUCUGUUGUGUCUAUGUGUCGCGUUCGGUGGUUUCAUGUUUGGAUGGGAUACAGGUACCAUUUCUGGUUUCAUCAACCAAACUGAUUUCCUGCGUAGAUUUGGUUCUACCAACAGUGAGGGUGUUCGUUAUUUGUCACAAGUGAGAACCGGUUUGGUUGUCUCCAUUUUCAAUAUCGGUUGUGCGCUAGGUGGUAUCAUUUUAUCGAAGCUAGGUGAUGUUUAUGGACGUAAAUUUGGUUUGUCAGCGGUUGUCGGUAUUUAUAUUAUCGGUAUUAUUAUCCAAAUUGCUUCGAUUAACAAGUGGUACCAGUACUUCAUUGGUAGAAUUAUUUCUGGUCUUGGUGUUGGUGGUAUCGCAGUCUUGAGUCCAAUGUUGAUUGGUGAGUCUGCCCCAAAACAUUUGAGAGGUCCUUUAGUGUCCUGUUAUCAACUGAUGAUUACUGCUGGUAUCUUUUUAGGUUACUGUACUAACUAUGGUACCAGAAACUAUUCAAACUCGGUUCAAUGGAGAGUUCCUUUGGGUCUAGGUUUCGCCUGGUCAUUAUUUAUGCUUGGUGGUUUGACAAGAGUGCCAGAAUCCCCACGUUAUCUUUGUGAAGUCGGUAAAGUUGAGGAAGCUAAGCGUUCUCUUGCUAUCUCCAAUAAAGUUUCUGUCGAUGACCCUUCAUUAUUGGCAGAAUUGGAUAUCAUCAUGUCUGGUGUUGAAGCUGAAAAACUAGCUGGUAGUGCUUCUUGGGGUGAAUUAUUUUCAACAAAGACCAAGGUUUUCCAACGUCUAUUGAUGGGUAUCUUGAUUCAAGCUUUGCAACAAUUGACAGGUAAUAACUAUUUCUUCUACUAUGGUACUUCCAUUUUCGGAUCUGUUGGUCUAGAAGAUUCUUUCCAAACUUCUAUUAUUAUUGGUGUUAUUAAUUUUGCUUCUACUUUCGGUGCUCUAUAUACAGUUGAACAUUUCGGUCGUCGUCUAUGUUUGCUAUGGGGUGCUGCAACCAUGAUGGCUUGUAUGGUUAUUUAUGCUUCCGUCGGUGUCACCAGAUUGCAUCCAAAUGGUAUGGACGCUCCAACAUCACAGGGUGCAGGUAAUUGUAUGAUUUGUUUCACUAUGUUCUAUAUCUUCUGCUACGCCUUAACAUGGGCUCCAAUUGCAUGGGUGGUUACUGCUGAAGUUUUCCCAUUGAGAGUCAAAUCGAAGUGUAUGUCUCUUGCAUCCGCAUCUAAUUGGUUAUGGGGUUUCUUAAUUUCGUUCUUCACUCCAUUUAUUACCGGUGCAAUUAAUUUCUACUACGGUUAUGUUUUCGUCGGUUGUCUAUGUUUCUCAUUCUUCUAUGUCUUUUUCUUCAUUCCAGAAAGUAAGGGUUUAACUUUAGAAGAAAUCAAUGAAAUGUGGCUAGAAGGUGUUUUACCAUGGAAAUCAGCUGAUUGGGUUCCAGCCGCAAAGAGAGGUGCAGGUUAUGAUGCUGAAGAGUUGAAGCAUGAUGAUAAGCCAUGGUACAAAAGAAUGAUCUAA